GCAUAUGAAAAGCGCUGCUACAAGUGCGGAGAAAUACAUAGAAGUAAAUGCCCAGCUCUGGGAGUGAGGUGCAACAACUGUAAAAGAAUGAACCAUUUCGCUAAAAUGUGCAAAAACAAAAAAGCAUACAUAAGAAAUGUCGACGUCUCUUCUGAUUAUGAUGAGCUUUCGGACGACACAGCCCAGUUAUUUAUUGGGAUGGUGCACAUACAACAAGCUUAUGCAGUUUCGUCGUCAUCAGAGCAAGUAGAUCGAUGGAUAGUGCCUAUUCACAUCAACGGUACAUCUGUGCAAUGUCAAAUAGACACAGGUGCACAAGCAAAUAUAAUUUCAAAGCAGCUGUUCGAAAAAAUUUGCAGUGGAGUUAAAGUAAUGAAGUCAUCCACAAAAAUCAUGACAUUCAGCAGAGAAGUUCUUCCAGUCAUUGGGUAUUGCAACUUAAAUUGUCAACACAGAGGUCAUCACUACAAAAUUCUUUUUUACGUGCUGAAUUUAAAGUGUCAAGCUAUUAUUGGUCUUCAGUCGUCUAUUAAACUUAAUUUAAUCAAAAAGAACAACUUCUAAAGGCACUUUACCUUCUCCGUCUGAAUUGCUUAUGUCAAGAAAAUUAAGAACAAAAAUUCCUGUGUCCACAAACAUUUUAAAACCAACUUUAGUUAAUGUCCACAAAUAUAAACAGUUAGUUCAACAAAAAACUCAAAAAACACAAAGAUACUACAAUAAAAAUGCUCGAGACUUGAAACCAAUUGAACCGGGUGAAAACAUUUAUUAUAAGAAGAAUCCGACAUCUGUUUGGAUUCCAGGAAGGGUAGUGGAGGUAUGUCAAGAACCACGAUCUUUUAUUGUUAAAGGUGAAGACGGAACUGUAAGUCGUCGAAAUCGCCAACAUAUUUUGAACAUAGAUCCGAAUUCGAAUACGCCUAAUAUUAAAAAGCCUGGUUCAACUGAAAAUGACAUUCAAUCAAGUUAUAAAAAUAACCCGGAAUCAAAUAAUAACGAAUUUUUAACAAAAGAAUACAAGACUCGUUUUGGAAGGAAGGUAAUACCACCUGAUAAACUUAGUUACAACCAUACAUAAAAAUACAUGUAAGAGAUACUCAAUUUGUAGUUUUAAAUUAAUACAUUAUUUUGCUUUUGAAUAUUAUUAAAUAAUUUUGAAUAAUUUAAACUUUUAUCUAAAAAACCGUUAUACUUAAAUUUAAUAGUUAUAAUUAGUAUUAUUAUUGUUAAAAAGGGAGAUGUUGUAUACUUAUACUUAUACUAUGAUGCUAUAUAUAAACCUGUAUAUAACCUAGUUAAGUAUAUACCUAUUGUCAUUAUAGUUAGUAAGAUUUAGACCUUCAUCGAAUAAAGACCUUUCUUCUAUACCCAGUAUACUUAAA